CACACUAAUUUUUUUUCUACUCCGGCAGUUUGUCAGCGUGCUCGUGCGGCAUGCCAUCAUAUUCAUCGCUCUUACAAACUGGCAACUACGAGUAAAAAGAAACCAAAAUUUCACAAAACCAUUUCAAAUAGAUCUUUCCUAUUCCUUUCUUUGCUAUUUUCCCAAUUGAACAGGAAAAUAAAUUGAUCAAAGAAAUAAACAUUUAACUAUAUAUACAUUGGUUUUAGAUUGAUAAGCAAUAUGGAUUUGUUGAGAUUCAAAAACUGGUUCUCUGUUCUGUUUCUGGGUCUUUCUUUGUUUUUAUUCUACAGAUACCAAUCUCCUUCUUCUCCAAGCAUGGCUGAAGCAAUCCCCAAAUCAAUUUAUGAUUUCACAGUUAAGGAUAUCCGAGGAAAUGAUGUACCUCUGAGCAAAUACAAGGGGAAGGUUCUUCUAAUAGUGAAUGUUGCUUCAAAAUGUGGUUUAACACAAUCGAACUACAAAGAAUUGAACAUUUUGUAUGAAAAAUACAAACACCAAGGUUUUGAGAUUUUAGCAUUUCCUUGCAACCAAUUUGGUUGGCAAGAACCAGGAACCAAUGAGGAGAUUCAGGAAACAUGCACUACGUUCAAGGCUGAGUUCCCAAUAUUUGAUAAGAUUGAGGUGAAUGGAAAGAAUGCAUCACUCCUCUACAAGUUCCUAAAAUCAGAGAAAGGAGGGAUACUUGGGGCUGCCAUCAAAUGGAACUUUACAAAGUUUUUGGUAAACAAAGAAGGGAAAGUGGUGGAGAGAUAUGCUCCUAGAACAUCACCUCUUAAAAUUGAGACAGAAAUACAAAACUUGUUGGGAUCUUCUUGAGCAUCAAGGAGACAUAAAUUUGGUCUGGGAGUUCACAUUUUAACCAUACUGCCAGUUGCAUCAACAUAGAGGACUUUGUUUGUAGUGUUGUUUAUUUUCCCUUCCAGUAUUUAAAGCAACAACUCAAAAGCUAUAAAAAUCCCUCUCAACUGUCUAAAUUAUUUGCAGGACUGGUGCUGAAAAACAUUGCAUUAAAUUUUCCAAUUAGGCAGUAGAGAUGCAUUUGUGAUGGUGGUUGAAGAACCACUAAACACACAAUAGAUGUGUGGUGUUGCAAUUGUACAACAAGCUCACGGUCCUUUGUGUCA